AUGCCUGAUGUUGACGGUAGUCAUUUCAGAAAAUACAUCUUUCCCUUUGAGAAUCUGGUGUUGGAGGGCGGGGGAGCCAAGGGCAUGGCGUAUGUGGGUGCACUGAAGGUUUUGGAGGACGCCGGAAUAUUGCGAAACAUCAAGCGGUUCGGCGGCACGAGUGCCGGGUCCAUCACGGCUGGUUUCCUGGCUGUGGGCAUGUCUCCGCAGGAUAUCCUGGACAAGUCGAACGAGAACCUAAAGGACAUUCUUCUAAGAGGCAGCCCAUGCUAUCUGUGUGGCAAGUGCAAAUACCUCUGGAAUCUCUACAACUUGUGUUAUCACUACGGAGCCUACCCGGCCACAUAUUUCGUGGACUGGUACGGGAAAGCCAUCGAAGAGCAUCUCCAGAAGGUGAAGAACAGGAGGCAGAGGUCUGGUGAGGGGAACCCGGAUGAGUUCGACAAUCUAAACGGAGAUAUCACAUUCGCUCAGGUUUACAAUGCGUUCGGGAAGGAGCUGUGCACGGUGUCGUACGAGACGGAGUUUCAGACCGAGGUUUACUCUCACGUCAAGACUUCGCCACUCCUGGAGAUCAGAGAGGCAGUGCGCAUGUCUAUGUCCAUUCCAGUGUAUUUUGAAGCGUACAAACCUGCGGUCGGGGACAUCCAACCACCAGUGAGACACAUAGAUGGAGGGGUGUCCGCUAACUACCCCAUCUACUGUUUUGAAGGUUGGUGGCUGUCCAUGGAUCAAGGUAACACCUUCUGCCAACAACUAAGCGGGAUAGAUGGUCAUGCCCUAAAACAGAACUUCCUCCCCGACGGCAGCCGCCAACACUUUCAAGUCGAGGGAAGUGCAAAAGAGAAGGAAAGAAUCCAUAAGAAAACCAUUGGUGCUUGUCUGUUUUCAGACACCAGUCUGGAAGGCAGGUUCCAACCCCAGUUUAAUGAUCGUCUGGAUCAUUAUUUGCGGGCUCACCCAGACUACCAGCGACUCUUGCAAAGACCAAAUACAAAGUUUGCAAAUGAGUACAGACGGAAGAUAGAAAGGCUGCAGGAAGAUCGGACCAAGUUCAAGAAGAAACUGGAAAAGGACUUACAGGUAGAAGAUAAGAUUGAGGAGGUCGUAAGGGCAUAUCCGGACCUGGCGAAGAUGAGACAGCUCUUUGACAGCAUGUUCACGGCACAAGACGUGAUACAGAUGUAUGGAAAGGACGACAAGGACGCAGCUUUCAAGAUGCUGUUUCUGAACCACAAGAAUGAGCCGACCACGACUCUAGCUCAUAACAUCUACCGUAACCAGAAGUAUCUACAAGAAGCAAAGAACAAGUGUCUGAAAGGCACUUUCGCGGACAAACCAACGGAGUUUUACGCGCAGUUGGAGGAGUUCAUGCGUAAAAACAGGCCAAUGGAGGAAUACGAUGUCGGCAGGAGCAUUGGUAUCAACGUGGAUUACAUCACAACUUUUGACUUUGGUUUGGCGACUGAAGACGAGGAGUUUCUAAUGGCGCACUAG